CCCCGUCACCACCCCCUGGCAAUAGCAACCUAUCUAACAAGCCACAGUUCGGUAUGACGGGGACGUCAUCGCCUCGACCAUUUAUUUAGUUUUAAUUGGCUGCCACUAUGUUACGAACAGCUUAUUUUCAGUGACAGUGCCGCUAGCUCAGUCUGCCUCAGGGCAGAGUACCCCUAAUGCCACAGUUCGCAAUAUAAAAAAACAUCGACAACUUCGCUGUCUCGCAUCACUGAAACUAUCGGACAUCACUAAGAACAAAACGUAAACAAAGCCAAGCGCUCCCUCCCUACCAAGUGUACCCUUUAUGCUGCUGGGCACCACACAAACUAGGCCUGACGACAACCCUCCUCGCGACCACGACGGUUCCAUCUCCCUCACUGGUACAAGUUACUUAUACAUUCCGUCAAGACCAAGACUUGGCCACCGUCUUAAAGAAUUACGUGGUCAAAGUAGAGAAUGUGUUUUCAGGAAAAGGCUACAGGCACCGCAAAAAGUUAUGCACGGUCCUCAAAAAAUACACACGAAGGGCGUGCGUGCUAGGAAUUCUGAGGAGCUCCUGGGGAAAAGAAGGCAAAGGCCAAAAGGCAAACGACGAGGACAAAUACGGCUCUCGGGUCUAAAUCCGGAUAAAUGCACAAAUACCACUGUUGGCCGGGACGGAGGCCGAUUGUCGUCGGCCUGAGCACUUUUUGCUGGAGGCCAGCGGCCUCUUCAAAUAGGUAACCGGCGCACUCGGCCGCCCCAAAAAAAAAAUGGCGGAGAUCCCGAGAUGAGGUAGACUUUGUAGUCCGGAACGGACUCACCGGAAAGUACUGGAGGUUAUCGGCUAGGAUGGCGAAGGCGUUCUCAGCUGGUCUUCCGUGCGUGACGCCAGUGACUGGCAGCCAAAUUGUGGGUAGUAUAUAGAGUAUUUUAGUUGAACUCCAAAGUAUGUAG